GUUGUUUCCACAGAGAAACUGUUUGUUUAUUAUGGCCCCAGUGAUUGAGAGCAGCACUUUGGCUGUUUAAGACUUUAAAACCUUCAAGUUUCGGCGCGUUUGCGCACUGCUGCUUCUCUGCUUCCAGUCUAGGAUGCAUCCAACACGUAGUCCCUCAUCCAUUCCCACGGGGGUCCCAGACAGGGUCUUGGACCUCAGCUUGACAGGCACGCAGCUUUCAUUGUCCAAGCGGCCCAGCAGCGCUUCAUCUGGGAAAUACUUUCGUUCAGUGUCCGUGGCUGGUGACAGCCGGGCAAAACGCAAUACGCAGAGCGAUGCCAGUUCCCGUGCCAUCAAGAACCUCAGGAGGUCCAACAGCACCACUCAGGUUAACCAGCAAGACAACAGUACUUUAAGUCAAGAGCGGAAUGAAGACAACCUGGCUCUGAUUGACAGUAGCUUGGACAGACGCAAAAAGGUGUCCACUCUCAGCAAAGUGUCACCAGACAGAACCACAUGGAACAUGCUGGAUGAUCAGCCCAGACUUUUUUCUACACACUCAGGCCCCAGAAGCACCAGAAGUGUGGACACACCCACUGCUAGCCAGAAGAAAAGAGAGCCCGGGGUCACACUGGCUGCUACCUUCACUGCCAAUAACAGGAGCAACAAGGGAACUGUUGGGAACUCCGUCACCACCAUCUUACACAACAACUACUCUGAAAAGCCGCUAACGCCAAAGAGCUCCAACCAGAAACCCUCCUUUAAUAACAUCCUGAAGGCCACAGCAAAUGAUGACGUGUCACUGGAGAGGAGCUCUCUGACUAAAUCCCAAAAGAACUUCUCAUCAUCGUCGUCCACCUCCAACAGGAAGACUCCGGCGUCGGCCUCAGGCAGGAGGGAGGUCACAGAGGAGGACGCGGAGAGGUUUGUCCAGCAGGUGAACGAGGCAGCGGUUACCAUCCAGCGGUGGUAUCGACGCCAUGCCAGGAGGCAGCACGCCAACCAGGCAGCGCUCAAACACAUCCUUGCCACUAAACGAAGGGUGUGGCAGGAAAGAGCAGAAGAAGAGAGACGCCUGGAGCAGCAGAAACAUGAAGACAGGAAACACAUACGUGAAGAAAAGACUCGUUUGGCCCGCCUCGCUGCCAUUCAGGAGUUGCAGCAGAAGAGAGCUCAGCGGGUUGCAGGGGCUGAACUUACAGCUGAGGCAGAGCGGCAAAGCAGGAAACAGACUGCUCCAGUUGGACGCAGGAAGCCUCCUAAGGUUUCCCUAAGCAACAAGAGUCCAGUAUCACCCAGCAACAAUAUUCCCGUAUCACCAACAGACAUCAAGGCCAAGAACACAGACUCCAAUCUGAAUCUCGUGGCUGAUUUUGUCGAGAGCUCCAGUGUCAGAGCCGUUUCUCCUGUUAGUUCCAUUCACAGAGGUUCCCAGUUUCCACAGGAGUUUGAGGAUGGAGCAGAUGGAUACGGCGGCCUACAGCACCAGCCGGAGAAUGACAGGAAACUGAUGCGUGUGGAGAAGCGUCGCCUAAUUCCCAUCUCCGUGAACCAGGGACUGCAGCAGACGAGAGCACAGCUGGUUACAGAAGCGGAGCCUGCAGCUCGUGUCACUUGUUUGGAAGGACACAAGAAACCGCCUAAGAUCUCCCCAAGCAACAAAAGUCCAGUGUCGCCAAGCAUCAACAGCCCUGUGUCACCCAUAGACAUCAAAGCUAAGAACACAGACCACUCCAAUCUGAACAUUGUAGCUGAUUUUGGGGACGCAUCCAGCUUCAGGGCUCUGUCUCCAGCGUUGUCCAGCGGCAGAGGCUCUCGGGAGAUGCUGCAGAGGCUGGUGAGUGCAGAGGACCAGCGUCAGGGAGUCCUGUCCACCAGGCCUCAGUCUAAAGCCACUUUGACCGAAGUACUGGACACCCUCAAGCUGUUAGAGGAGGAGCCAGAGAGGCUGAAAGAGCCCAGGUUCUACCAGAAGGAGAAGCAUGCCUGGAUCGACGAGGAUGAGGACUCCAACUCUCUGACGACUGAUAACGUGGAGCGCAACGGGCAGCUGGUCCACCACCCGGCGCUGCCAGAUGGGGGCGCCCUGCUCUCUGAGGCCAAGCUGCAGAGCAUCAUGAGCUUCCUGGAUGAAAUGGAGAAAUCCGAGCAGGAGAGGCCACGCUCGACCACUUCGGGAUCACACAGAGAGGCCGUGUUGUCUGAAGAGGAUCUGGCCGGUAUCGCGGCGGCCGACGGCUCCGGCUCUAUGAUGAGGAUCAAACUGGAGCUGGAUGAGAAAAAACACACUGUCACCAUGCUGCAGACGGCGCUGGCUCAGCAGGAGGAGCUGACGGGGAGACUUGUGAAGGAGACAGAGAAGGAGAUGAGUAGGAACCUCCAGCUCCAGAAGGAACAUUAUGAAGCCACCAUCAAGAGACACCUGUCCUUCAUUGAUCAGCUGAUCGGUGAUAAGACGGCCCUGACGGAGCGCUGUGAAGUCCUGGUGGGUGAAGUGAAGCAGGUGGACCAGAAGUACACGAAGAAGAUUGAGCACAUGCAAGAGCAGCAAGACGUGGUGUGGCAAAUUCUGGGUCCGCUGUGUGAGGAGAUCAAGAAGCUAAAGGAUCUGAUGAGUGCCAAGGAGAAGGUCCGCCGUGAGAAAUGGAUUGAAGAGAAAAGCAAGCAGAUCAAAGAGAUUACUGUUAAAGGUCUGGAGCCAGAAAUUCAGAAACUGAUCUUGAAACACAAGCAGGAUCUGAAGAAGCUACAAACGCUGCAUGAGGCAGAGCUGCUGCAGGCUGAGGACAAGGCAGCACAACUAUACGUCCACAAGGUGGAGGAGCUCCACCAACAACUGGAAAAGGAGAAGGAGGAGCUGUAUCAGAGAGAUAGGGAGCUAGCCCGACUGAGACAGGAGAAGCUUCUUCAGGAGGAGGAGCUUCAGCAACAGAGGAGGCGUCUCUACCAGGAGGUGGCUGACGAGAAAGAGAGGCUGACUCAGCUGGCUGCACGGCAGCGAGCCGAACUAGAGGAUCUGCAGAAACAGUUGGAGGAGAACAACUCUCUGGCUGUACGAGUCCUCAGAGAGGAGCUGGACAAAACCCGAGAGGAGCACGAUAGGAGACACCAGGUGAUACAGCAGCCUGAUCGUGUCUUCAAACUGGAAGAGAUGAAGGCGUUAAAAGAACGACUGGACAUCGACAAACAGAUGUGGGAAGAAAACUACAAGAAAAAGGAGGAUGCGAGGCUGCUGAGCCGUGAACAUGAGCUCAGAGAGCAACUGCGCCGAGAACGCGACAAAGAGAUCGAGCUCGCCAUCUGGACGUUAGAGGCGGAGACGAGCAAAGAAAAAGAAGAGUGUAAGCGGACGUGUGACAACAGGGUGAAGCGUUUGAGGGAGAAACACGAGGCUGACGAGCGAGAGCUGGAGCGCUCCGAGAGGGCAGCUGUAGAAAAGCAGCAAGAGCUGAGGAAGAAACAGAUGGAGAUGGAGGAAGAGCUGCUCCGACUGCAGGGUGUGCUCAGACAGAAGGAGCAGGAACUGGAAAAUGUCACACAGAUACGGGACAAGCUGGCAGAAGAGCGCCACAACCUGGCAGAGGUGAUAAGGCAGGAGUUUGCAGAUCAGCUGGUGAGGACCGAGGAGGAGAACUGCCAGAUGAAAGCGGAGGUGUCGGAGGCCAGAGCGCGGCUACGGCUGGAGGUUGAGAGACUCACUGCCGAGAAGGAAGAGGAGUUGGGCGAGGUCCAGCAACGGGUGAAGUCGGCCAUUUUGAAGAAGGAAGAAACCGUUAAUAACCUACGAAAGCAGCUUGAGGUUGCUCUGAAGAGGGCGGGUCAACUCGAGGCUAUAUUGGAAAAGCAGAGGAAGCUUGAGAAGUGAGUGACAGGAAGGUCUGGAUCCACCCCGCCCCCCACCCUUCCCCCCACUGACCAACUGGGCCUCACACCAGGGUCUUGUUCUUUACUUUGGAUGUUGUUCCUGCCAGCAAGACCCAACCUGUGGAAUGUCCGAAGCUCUGUUAAGUGACUGGACCCUGUCCUACCUCAUUUGAAAACUACACAGCUGGAUUUAGAGGCGGAGCAUAGGGCGUCGCCACAGACUAGUCUUCUCCCGGGCGGCAAAGAAUCGGGAACGCAUGCGAUUUUAAAAGC